CCGACAUCUCUCACAGUCCACUCUCAUCAUCAUUGGACUCUGCGCAUUCGCCCAUCAUGCUUUCCCGCGCCGUCUCCCGAUCGCUUCCCCGCGCGACAUCUCGUCUCGCGCAGUCCACCACCACCCGAACCCUGCUUCAACCCACCCUCCGCGCAUCUCUCCGACAAUCCACUUUACGACCACAAGCGAUAUGGCAAGCCGGCUUCAGCACCAGCCUAAAACACUUUGACGCGGUCUCGCAAGAGCUGUCGGCGAAACUGGCAAGCGAAAUCUCGUUGGAAGGCGAGAAUACCACCGCGCAAACCGAUAGCGAUGCGGGCGCAGAAAGAUUUCUGGAGGAGAAUUCGCAAUGGACGCUGGAAUCGCCCGACGGAGAGCAAAAUGUCGUUCUGCGAAGGGAAUUUGACGACGAAAUCAUCACUGUGGCGUUUAGCAUCGUGGACUUCAACACCUCUGUCUUACCCAUGGAUGGCGAGGAGGGAGACGAGGCGUUCAUGGACGAGGAGGACGAGAUUAGGGAUCAGAGCGGUGGCGCCAAUACCAAAGGAGCCAUCAACCAGGGCGGCACGAAGAAUGACAACUUUAAAGUUGCUCCAGAGGACAGCAUUGCCCCGGCAGAUCGCGAAGAGCUGAUUGAUGAAGACUACGAUGAUGACGGCCAACAAGCAUACCCCGCGAACGUCAAUGUCCUCAUCCAGCGCGCCGGCAAAGGCGCCCUGCGCAUCAACCUCGUCACCGAUAACGGCCGCUUCACCAUCCACGGCGUCACUCACCUUCCCGAGACCACUCCAGCUUCUUCGGUAGCCGAUCUGCUCCGCAACACCCCCGACCACAUCUACACCGGCCCUCCGUUCCAGCAGCUCGAUGAGGAGGUGCAAGGCCUCUUCGAGCAAUAUCUGGACGCGCGCGGCAUCAACACCGCCCUGGCACUCUUCAUCCCCGACUACAUCGAUGUCAAGGAACAGAAGGAGUACGUUGGCUGGCUGGGACGGGUGAAGGAGUUUGUAGAGUAGGGCGCGGGGAGGCGAUGACGCGAUUUCGAGACUGUACUAUACCGACGACGGCCCGGCAGGACCUUCUCCCCUUAUGCAUCUGGGUGGUGUUCGACUGGGCGUGCUACGUAGGUGGGUAGAUUUACCGCGGUAGGAUGGAACGCAGCUGCAGAUCCCGUUGAUCAGAUACAGAACGCUCCACGACGGGAUCGAUAGAUCGACACGAUGGAGUCACACCUAAAGUCUGGGGUUGUCGGGUACGGCAUGUCCGUGAACACGAUUGUGACUUGGCUGUAUUAAUUGUGCAGAGAUGAUUGUUCCGUAGGCAAGCUGACGCGAAAGCCUCACGCUAGAAGCAACGACCGAGGCCGAGGGUAAGGUGGGAAUACGCUGAUUGGGCGCCGAUCCCUCUCGACUCGUCUGCCCUUUCCGACU